GACAGAGGGAGAAGAAGCAGAGCAUGCUAGCGGAGGAGGGAGAGGUGGGAUAUUAGAGGUUGGUAGACAGAGAGAUGCAGUGCCACAGUGAGUGUGUCUGCGAAGCGGAUUGCUGCGCAAUUCUUCAUCCUCUUAUCAGGGACCAUGAUGUGUUAUGGCACCACGAUGUACAGAUUCACUGCAAGAGCAGGGAAUGCAGGUAAAAGUUCACCUUGAGCUGAAGUCCACCAGCGACUCUCUGGACCUUUUGGGAUUACAAUAAACGCUCAUUGGUAAUUCAAGCAAGAACAGCUGAGAUUUGGAUCUGACAACCUGACAAACCUGAAGUGGCUCCAGAAUAUCUUCAAACUUUUCUGACUUACACUGAAACAUCUGACCAAAAGGAUCUACGACACCAGAACCAGAAUUCAAACAGGUUCUUGGUUUGGCUGAAACUUGGCCAAAUCUGAAACCAAACAGGUCCAAGUUUGUGGCAUCCUUAGUUUACACUGGAGGCCCGCAAAGCCACAACCAAGCCGGUCCUGGAGCCCAGGAACCCUGGAGCAAGCCUGACCUUGGACCGGCUGUCAUCAGAACCCCUGUUGGCACCAGCAGAAACGUCUAGUAUGUCUCAGACCGGAGGACGGAUCCACAGCAAAAAGGCUGGCAUUCGGGCUGCCGUCAUCUUGAUCGGACUCCUGCACAAGUCUCGCAAAGCCAAGGAGAAGGAGAGAGAGAAAGAGGAGAGUGAAGGGAAACAGGAGCAGCUGAACAUCUCCACUGUCCCUCUGGGAGAAUGUCCCCCCUCACCACCCCGCACUGCACCGCCCAGCAUGAAGUCUGCGGAGUUCUUUGAUAUGCUGGAGAGAAUGCAGAUCCCUAAAGCUGAAGAGACCAAAAAAUGGAAGGAUGAUUAUAUCCCCUACCCACGGAUAGAAGCCGUCCUGGAGAAGGGUGGUCCGUACCCCCAGGUAAUCCUGCCACAGUUUGGGGGUUACUGGAUCGAGGAUGUGGAGGCACAAGCAGGGACCCCCUCCUCCUCAGAGUCUAGUUUCUGUGAGGAGGAGGACAGAGAAGAUGGCAUGAGCCCUGGUGGGGGGCAUAGUUACCGCCUGGAGUGUAACAGCACAGCCCGUGCCUACCGCAAACACUUCUUAGGCCAGGAACACAUGAACUACUACUGCACAGGCAGCAGCAUAGGGAACCUCAUCAUGUCCCUGAAACACGAGGAGGCAGAGGGACAGGAGUUCCUACGCAUCAUGCUCAGGUCGAGGACCAAAUCAGUCCAUGACAGGAUCUCUUUAGCAGGCAUCAACCAGCUGCCCAGUGUGCCUCAGAUUGCCAAGCUUCUGUGUGAAGAUGCCACCGGGCUGAAGUUCAACCCGGCCCUGUACCCUCGGGGAUCCCAGUUGAUAGUGGCUUUUGACGAACAUGAGGUGAACAACACCUUCAAAUUUGGAGUCAUCUACCAGAAGUUUGGGCAGACGUCAGAGGAAGAGUUGUUUGGGAACAACGAGGAGACGCCAGCGUUCAAGGAGUUACUCAGUAUCCUUGGCGACAACAUUGAUCUUCAGGACUUUAAAGGGUUUCGCGGUGGGCUGGAUGUGUCCCAUGGACAGACGGGGUCUGAAUCUGUCUUCACCGUCUUCAGACAGAGAGAGAUUAUGUUCCAUGUGUCAACCAAGCUUCCCUUCACCGAGGGAGACGUCCAGCAGCUCCAGAGGAAAAGGCACAUAGGAAAUGACAUUGUGGCCGCAGUCUUCCAGGAAGAGCCCACACCUUUUGUCCCAGACAUGAUUGCCUCCAACUUCCUGCAUGCGUAUGUGGUGGUGCAGGUUGAGAACCCGUGUACAGAGCACACAACAUACAAGGUGUCUGUGACAGCGAGGGAGGACGUGCCUCCUUUUGGACCCCCUCUCCCGAACCCAGCCGUCUUCAAGAAGGGUCCUGAGUUUCGUGACUUCCUGCUGACAAAGCUGAUAAAUGCUGAAAACGCCUGCUACAAAUCCGACAAAUUCGCCAAACUAGAGGGGCGAACGCGAGCUGCGCUGCUGGACAACCUCCACGAUGAGCUGCACAGGCAGAGCCAGGCCACGCUGGGCCUGGGCCAGGCGGGAGAGGAGGACAAGCUGGAGAACGGGGGACAUGGGGGUCUGCUGGAGUCCUUCAAGAGAGCCAUGCGUGUCAGGAGCCACUCCAUGGAGACCAUGGUGGGGUCUCACCGCCAUCGGAGCCCUGGGGUAGGAGGCGGGGUGCCAGCCAGCCUGAGUGGCGGCGGUCUGCCGCAGAGCACCAGCGAAUGCACAAAGAGCACAUUCACUCCUCCCGUGUUGUCAAGCAAGUCUCCACUGAAGAGCCCGGUGAAACGGCGCUCAGGCCUCUUCCCUCGUCUCCACUCCAGCACAGAAACCCCCUCGGACAAACACGCCCGCGGCGAUCAAAAGCCUGCAGAGUUUUGCCCGCUGUCCCAAGAAGUGAGGUCAGAGACGUCAUCCAAUCCCAGCUCACCUGAGAUCUGCCCCAACAAAGAGAGGCCGUUCAUCAAGCUGAAGGAGUGCAGCGGCGGCAGGCCCAACAUAUCUCGCUCUUCAUCCAGCACCAGCAGCUUCAGCAGCACCACAGGAGAAACAGAGACUCUGGAGGAACUGGACACAGGUAGUCACCCCUCGACAGCUGCCUCCUCUGCCUUCAGCCCCUCUCUCAGUGUCGACAGCCAGGGAUCAGGUACCCCUGUCAUCAUGUGCCGCAGUCCUACAGAUGGAAAAAAUAAGACGUCACCGAGGUCAAACUUGAAGUUCCGCUUUGACAAAAUGAGCCACUCAUCUACAGCUUCCGAGUAGCAUCGCGGAACGGAAACAAACAGACUUGCACAACAAAGGGACAACACAGGCUGAUGGAGCUGCAAAAAUAAUAAUAAUCAUUUUCUCGAAAAAUUAAGAAAUCACCACCACAACCACAUAAUCACUGUAGAUGCCUAAAGCCAAGGAUAAUAUGACAAUAUUCCCAACUGCAACAAUACUGUGAGUGUACAGGGAGGAGGAACAGCUGAUUUCUUUUCCACCAAAUUUUAGCGGCAGAAAUUAGUCGAUGUUACAAGUCGCUGCAUCUCAGUUGCUAUUUGCUCCCAUCGUCUUAAAAGUCCCGGCAUGGCUGUAAUACUGUGAGCGUAGGCUGAGCUCACCUGUGCCUCAGCUACUUCUCAAUCAUCUUAUUUGAUAGAAAGAUACAGAGAUCUGAACGUGAGACGUUAUGGCCAAACUGUUACUCUGUAUCCAGUGAACUGCUGAGAGGUGGAGAGGACGUCUUCGAGAACUGUCAGACAACAAGAUGUUGCUUUUGCCUUUGGCCUCGAAUGGUACGUCUGGCAUCAGUUCCUCUUUUGCCUAAAAUAAAACAAGUACACAGGCACACACACACACACACACACACACACACACACACACACACACACACACACACACACACACACACACACACACACACACACACACACACACACACACACACAAACACUCAGGCUACAUUGUCACUACGUUUUCAUGUGAAACUGUAUCCUCUCUGCUACGGAUAAGUCUGGCGUCCACAGAGUUUUAAAAUAGAGGAAACACUGCUGGCCCCGUUUCAGUUUGAAAACUCCCGGACUGCGUUUUAGCUUUGAUGGAAAUGGGGACGUUUAGAAACCAUGACGUAGACACUCACACUUGCCGAUUCAGUCUUUUAUGUCUUUUCUGAUGUAGCCUUCACUGAUUCAUCAGGCUCCUAUCACAUGACUCUCUUCUGUAAGACAGAAAAUGGCAUUAGCCACAGCUACCAGUGUAGAACACAACAUGGAUCAUUAAAUGUGUUGCUGACCCUUGCAAACAGCUGUUGUGCAGUUAAAUUCUGAAUAUUGCAAUGAUACAAUUGCUAACAUGUGUAGGAGACAACAUAUCAUUCAAGCAAUCUAAGACUAUUCGGCAUGCAAAUGCCCAUUGUCCGUGAGUGGCCACAUUCAUUUUUAAUAAGCGUUACGCGCUUUCAGGCAUGUUAGGGCCCGAUCACACAAAACUGAUACAGAGCUAAAACGCUCAUGUGGACAGAGAUUGUUUUAGUUUGAAAACGUAUUGUAAAUGUAGCCUCACAGUAGCAAAGCCUUGAAGGUGGCAACACUGGGAGUCUUAAUUUUCCUCUGUAGGAUCUGAACUUGUUCUUUGCAUAUAAAAAUGCUUUUGUAGGGAACAUCUUACAUUUAAAACAGAAAAAAGCUUUUCUAACCUUGCUAGCUGCUGCAUUGUGUCUACUGCGCUGUAAGCACGACGCCGCUGAAAUUGAGUCAAUACUAUGACGGCAUUUCUGUGUGGGUGUGUAAGGUUGACUUGACAUCCCUGACCUGAACUGCUUGGUUAGUGGACAUGAGCUCACAUGAGGUACAAUAUGAGACACUGCCAACACAUUAUAUGCCAUAAGCUUUUGUUUAGCCAAAGCUGCGCCUUACAAUCUAUCAAAAGCCCUUUUCACCACUGAUGCGCUCUCUGUUCUUCUCUCUCUCUCUCUUCUCUCUCUCUCACCAUGUGAGAGGACGAGAAUCUUCUGCAACUGGUUACAGCACAGACUUGUGGGUAACCGAUCGACGCCCACUUUUGCUGAGAACAGACGUUGCCCUUAACUGAAGUCAUUUCACCUUCUGAUAUCUCUCAUUGAAGCUUGCUAUAGCUCGGUGUACCUGUGUUUAUGUUUGGUGUAACUCACGAACAGGAAAGUCUCCGAGGUUUUUAAGGUUUCCCCGUCAUGUGCACGAUGAUGAUGAUGAUGAUGAUGAUGAUGAUGAUGAUGAUGAUGAUGAUGAUGAUGAUGAUGAUGAUGAUGAUGAGAAGGAGGAUUGACUUGAAAAUUAUGCUUCAGGUUAAAAUUAACCUUUAAAACACUUUUGGCAAAAACAUGCUGAAUGUGAAUUUGGAGCUUUUUUUGUAAUUAAAGUUGUAUUUUUUGUAAGUUGUCCCUCAGAAGUAAAUUGCAAAGUCAAGUUGCAAGCACAACGGGACAAUAUGUCUCUUUUAAUCCUAAACUAUACCAUAGGAUUAGCCUGGAGCUGCACAAACUGGAGCUCGCAAGGCGAAGUGGGAGCGUGUAAAUCAAGAAAAAGCUGUGAGAGACUUAGAUGUGUUUCCUAUGUGACAAAACUUUAGAAGUAUAUAUAUAAAGAACCAUUCAUGUAGCUGAGAUAAAAGUUUGUGAAGUUCUAUCACAUUAAAACACAGAAAGUCAUGAAGGCUCAGGUCUCCCAAAUUACAAAACCUCUGUAAUUUAGGCAAAACGUGCCAGGAAGCUGUUCUCAAGGAAGCUGCACCUUUCAGAUGUGACCGGACUGGAAGCUGACGUGAUGACUAAAUAGACUAAUAGACAAAGAAUAAUUCUCAGUUAGUGUAGACCAGUGAUUACCUCGAGUGAAGGAAGCAGGAACAGAAACUGUCUGGUCAUUUAGUUUGUAGCAGGUAUUGCCUAAAUGCCCCUGCAGCCUUUUCUCUGUAAAUAGGCUUAAUUUAUUAAAAUAUUUUUUUUUUGCAUCGAUGUCAUGUAAAAAUAUAAGUGCAGAGUACGCUAAUUAAUAAGGUGAAAAUGAUAAAAGGAAAUCUAUUAAUUUAAAAGAUGUCUAAACAUGUAUGUAUAUUUGGUUAUGUAACGUGCCAUUGAGAAUUUAUUCUAAAAUAAAAUGUUGUAUUUUGUGUCA